AUGGCAGAUUGCACGGCCAGGACGCAAAAGUCGUACCGUCGACCUCGACGGCGGCCAGCUCAUUUGCGGACAAAGACUGGAUGUCUGACCUGCCGAUCGCGGAAGAAGAAGUGUGAUGAGAGGGCAUCGCCGUGUCAGAACUGCCUCAAACGAAAUAUAGAAUGCGUCUGGCCAGGCAGGAGAGCUAGCCAUGCCAAUGAUCAAGUGACAGUUCCUGGGAGCGGCGACAUAUCGGCAGAAACCGUCUCAGGCACAGAAUAUCAGCUUGUUGACACUCAGACACCAUCUAUAGUCACCUUCUCAAAUGGACCAGCGUGCUACUCCCCCGUCCUAAGUCCGGCCAACAGCCAGCUAUUCGGCUUCUUGCAGACCAUCUUCCUUCCACAGCUCAUCCACCCAGUAACGAAAGGGGCUGUGAACGAGCUGGUGACUAGGGAAAGCCUUCGAUGGGCCUUCCAAUCUCCUUUCUGUAUGCACGCACUUCUCGCCUGUGCUGCGGCAGAAAUACCUGUCAACAACCCGGAGUACCGGCGAAUGGCAGAGUUGCAUUACAUCAAGGCUGUUUCUGGUUUGCGACAGAGCAUCACACAAGCCCACGGCUCAAGUCAAUGGACAGUCGUCUUGUGGACAGUGCUGAUUUUAUGUAUUUAUGAGCGAUCCAAACCCCAUCACUCGCAAGGCGUUGACGUCCAUCUCGCCGGGGCAGCUCAACUCAUUCAGAUGUAUUUCCGAAAGAAAGCUCCAGAUGCAAGCACUAUCGCAACAGGUGCCUGGGCCCGCUUAUUUCUGGAAUCAUUCAUGUUUCACGUCGCCACGAGCAUACCCUUUCAGCUUACGUCUACCGUAUCCGCUCCUAUCGACUCUGCCUUUUCCCUUGCGGAAAACCUAUUGGAGGUCCUCUGCCGACCACAUAUUUCCGUGGAUGCUACCUCACCAGUGCUCGGGGUCCCUCCGAAACUGUUCCAGUAUGUCUACAGCGUCGCACGUAUGUACCAACGGUACCCCGACGGCGUUGAUAUCCGCCAUUGCAAAGACUUGGAGCAGGAUUUGAGAAGGUGGGAUAGUCUAAUGGCAGGCACGGCAGCUCCUGAGCUUCUUGCAGGGCCUAGAUUGUAUGUCUUGUGUUCGCGAAUUCUUCUCAAUCGCCUCAUGCAUCCCGACAAUCGACCAGACAGCCUGGCCAGUGAGCUUGUUUCACAAGCCAUGGUUCUCGUGACUCAACUACGGCCAGCACAAGAUUACUUUGCCGAGUACUACAGUUGGCCAUUCCUGGUGCUUGGGACCUGUGCAGAAAAGCAAUCAGACCGACAGAUAUUGCUGGCACAGAUCCAGGGCUUCUGGCAGGCGACCAAUAAUGGCACCAUGAGACGGCUGGAGGAUAUGCUGACGGCCUACUGGACUAAUGGGGAAUCAACCACGCAGAGUAACUUGUGGUUGAUAUGA